GCGCGGCGGCCGGCGGCGAGCUCGGAUCCCCACCUCCACCCCUCCCGACUCCCACGCCUUCCUCCUCCACUGCGACCUACGGUGUAGGCGCAUUCCGCCUACGUGGCCUCGCCUCCGCCUCCGGUUCCUCCGCCACGACGUGUCCGCGUCCCGUCCACUCGCCCGAUGAGGAAAUUUCCCUUCUGUACUGUUUCGCACGACUCUUCCGCCGACGAAUUCCCCCGCUUCCCCAUUUCGUCUCGCGGUGAGUUUUUGGUAGUUUAGUUUGAUACACCACUUCGUUUGAUACCCUCGGCGACCGCGCGGCGGCCAGCGGGCGCAUCCAUGGCGGCGGCGGGAUCCAUAGGCGUGUACAGGGCGGUGUUCGCGGCGCUGGGCGCUCUCAUGCUGGGCACCCUGGUGUACACCUGCGUCACCGACGGCUCGCCGUUUCGCCUCGAGCUGCUCACCCCGUGGUUGGUGGCAACACUGAUUGAUUUUUAUGUCAAUGUGACUGCGAUUUCGACUUGGGUUAUCUACAAGGAAGUAAAUUGGAUUAGUUCUUUCUUUUGGGUAGUUCUGUUGUACUGUUUUGGCAGUAUUGCUACAUGUGCUUAUGUUGUUGUGAAGCUUUUUGAAAUAAAAACUUCCGGACCUUCACAAGAUCCACUUGAUCUUUUAUUCCUCAGGCAAGGAGAUCUAUCCGAAAGAAAGUCCUCUUUUGUCAUAAUUGGGAGAAUUAUUUUCAGCAUUUUGGGGGCAAUGAUGGCUGCAGUCGUAAUUUAUACUGUCAUCACUGAUGGACUACCUUUCAGGAAGGACUUGUUGACCCCGUGGAUGGCGGCAACCUUAAUUGACUUCUAUAUAAAUGUCUUCGCAAUAUCGGUAUGGGUUGCUCACAAGGAGUCAAACUGGAUAUCUACUGCCAUCUGGAUAUGCUUGUUAAUAUGCUUUGGAAGCAUCACGACAUGUGGCUACAUUGUCAUACAACUUUUCCAAGUGUCGUACCGAGACCCAAUCUAUCAUGUGCUAUUGAACUCUCAUAACAAGAAGAUUUGAAAAUAUCAUUGAAGAGUUAUGUUAUUCUUGGUAUACAAUAAUAUUACCUCAAUAAAUGGUGUAUCGUCUAGACAAAUAGGGAAUUCUCGGUGUAAUUACAUAUCAUUCUCAGUGUAAUGACAUAACUUUGGCAAUUUCUCUACAAAAGGACCAGACUAUAUGCAGUUUGCAGCUCCUUUAUCUGUCGUGUUUUUUAAUUAACCCUUUAUUUGUAUAUCUGAUUUAGUCGAUUUGCAAAAGUUUUCUUCAUUGUAGUUGUUAUCAAAAUUGUAAGGUCAUGUAACACAAAGGGUUACUAAAGUGAAGUAAAGAAAAUGUGACUGUCUUGUUUAACUGGGAAA